AUGUUUACAGACUUCUGCGUCAAUCUGCAGACGGGGCAGGACGGGCCGCAAUCGCCGAGAACCGUGCAGCGGCUGGAGGCGUGGAGAAGGGAAACAUCCCCGAUCGGCAGCUCCGGCAACGUGCCCGCGGGCAGCGAGGUGUCCACGAGGGACGUGCGGGCCGGCAUGUCUCCGGAGCGGGCAAUGCCGCCUGGCUCUCGGUCGUCCACCUCACCUGCAGUACCGGUGAACUUCGCCAUGGUCCCGCCCCCGGCGCAGCACGCGCCCCCGGCCUCGCUGGAGAAUCACCACGGGGUGUACAAGAACAUCGUGGGGCGGAGGUACGUGCCGCAGGACUUCAGCAGGGCCAUCCGCUUCGAGGACGGGUCCACCUACGUGGCCUCCAGCAAGGCCUCCUCCGCGAAGUCCCCGCACGCCACCUCGCCUUUCCGGCAGACCUUCAUGGAGACUCCAGGCGGAAGCGGAAAGCAGGACAUCGAGUGA